AUGCACCAAUUUCGCUGUCUGGCGCGAAUAAAAAAGCAUUACUGUGGCGGGGAUACAGUAGAAAAUCAUUCUGACAAGAACAAAGAAUUGCAGUUGGAACAAAUCUUCGCUCCAGCGACCGUUUGCGGCCUUAGUCGCUUGCGGCCAGCCGCGGGCUGCUCGAAGGUGGUUUUAGUUUCAAAGAUUCUUCUCGUUCUCGCAAAAAUGGCUCCGGUACUGGGGCGCGUCCAGGGAACUGACCUAAAGGUUGCGGUUAUUGGUGAUGAGGAUACUGUCGCUGGCUUCCUCAUGGCCGGCAUUGGCAUGAGAGAUGGACUUGGCAGGACAAAUUUCUUCAUCGUGGAUUCCAAAACGAAACGACAAGAUGUUGAAGACGCUUUUCGCACGAUGACAGAGAGACCAGACAUCGGCAUCGUGCUCAUCAACCAGCACGUCGCUGACGACAUCCGGUACAUGGUCGAUCUCCACACGAAAAUUAUCCCGACAAUCUUGGAGAUCCCCAGCAAAGACAAACCCUAUGACCCGAGCAAGGACUCCGUUAUGCAGCGCAUCAAAUUCUUCUUUGGAGGAGAACUUCCCACGUCGUGAGGCGCAGAAACGCAGAAAACGUUUCUGUAACAGGUACAUUUGGUUCCUAUCUGGUCACGCUGCGGCCUCGUUUCGUCUAUGUGUUCGGUGUCUGACGAACUGCCUACGGUGCUGUGAUCCGCAAGCCAAGAAGUGGAACACUGCCGGCGUGAGUCUCGCCAUCCGUACCCGUGGUGGUUCGGGAAAAGUGCGUGCAGACUUCCUCAGUUUUGCAAAGGCGACGAAUCGGAGGUUAACGAGGCACUGAGCCUCUGCCUUGCCAGCGAGAAACCCAAUAGUGCAGGGGUCAGUAUUGCACCUGGGGUGCAAACGUUGCUCAGCGACGGUGCUUCUGCCGGAGGGAAGGGGGAACAGGAAUGUCUAAAAACGACGGGAGAGUGUGGAAAUGUGGUCGGGGAGUAAAAUAUCAGAAGCCUUUCCGUGGGAUGCGUUUCUAGGAGUGGCUGCGCUGUAGCAGUGGCGGGGGAGUGCGUUUGGGGAGGGGACUUUUUGGAUGCGUAUGCAAGUUUUCUCCCGUUCUGCUUCCAGCCAAUUUGCAUAGUGUCGGAAAACCAUACUGGAAUUUCCAUCCCGUAUUAAAAGUUCCAUUUUGGC